AUGGAGUUCAGCACCAGCAAAGAGGUCCAGGUUGCGCCGACCUUCGAAUCUAUGCACCUGAAGGAGAAUCUUCUCCGUGGCAUCUAUGCAUACGGCUACGAGUCACCUUCUGCAGUCCAGUCCCGUGCCAUAGUUCAGAUCUGCAAAGGUCGCGACACAAUCGCCCAAGCGCAAAGUGGCACAGGCAAGACCGCCACCUUUAGCAUCAGCAUCUUGCAGGUCAUCGACACUGCCGUGCGAGAGACGCAAGCGCUUGUGCUUUCUCCGACGCGAGAGCUCGCCACUCAAAUACAGUCUGUGGUCCUUGCACUAGGCGACUACAUGAACGUGCAGUGUCACGCUUGCAUUGGCGGCACGAACGUUGGCGAAGACAUUCGAAAGCUCGACUACGGCCAACAUGUGGUCUCUGGGACGCCGGGUCGCGUGGCCGAUAUGAUCCGCCGUCGCCAUCUCCGCACUCGGAACAUCAAGAUGCUAGUCCUAGAUGAAGCCGAUGAGCUUCUAAAUCGGGGUUUCAGAGAGCAGAUCUACGAUGUGUACCGGUAUCUGCCACCUGCAACACAAGUUGUCGUGGUCAGUGCCACCUUGCCGUAUGAUGUAUUAGACAUGACGACAAAGUUCAUGACCGAUCCAGUUCGCAUCUUGGUCAAGCGUGAUGAGCUUACCCUUGAAGGACUCAAGCAGUACUUCAUCGCCGUCGAGAAGGAAGAGUGGAAGUUUGACACGCUUUGCGACCUAUACGACACGCUUACUAUCACUCAAGCCGUUAUCUUCUGCAACACCCGCCGCAAGGUCGACUGGCUUACCGACAAGAUGCGCGACGCCAACUUCACGGUGAGCAGCAUGCACGGCGAGAUGCCGCAGAAGGAGCGUGAUGGGAUUAUGGGUGAAUUCAGACAAGGCAAUAGCCGCGUGCUCAUUAGCACGGACGUCUGGGCGAGAGGCAUCGAUGUGCAGCAGGUUAGUCUGGUCAUCAAUUACGACUUGCCAAGCAAUCGUGAGAACUACAUUCACCGCAUUGGGCGGUCCGGUAGGUUCGGAAGGAAGGGCGUAGCGAUCAACUUCGUUACCAGCGAAGACGUUCGCAUUCUGCGCGACAUCGAACUGUACUAUUCGACUCAGAUCGACGAAAUGCCUAUGAACGUUGCUGAUCUCCUGGCGUAA